AAACGACGCGCAAACUCGGCGACGCGCGAAUUCGAAAGCCACACUAGCUCCGGCGCUGUGGCACGGCAUCGAUCGCCCGGCGUGCGUCGGAGCGCUCGAGCCGUGGACGCCAACGCGCUUUUUUUUUUCGAGGCAGUGAAAAAAAAAAAAAGAACUCUUUGGACAUUCAUCUUGUCCGUGAGACAGACAUGAGAACACCAUGCCUGUCCGUCUGUCGCUUGUGCCUAGGAUAUCUAGGGUGCACGGGCGAUGGCCUGCCCCUUCCACCCGGGGAAGCCGCGGUGCGGGGCCCGCAUUGACCAACAAGAAUCGCGAAAAGCUUCGACCUGAGAUCCUGAAGACGUCGACUGCGCUUGGAACCGGCGCCCUGUUCGAUAUGAGAUUGCCGUGGGACGGACGCAGCUAUUCUGCCGGCGCGACGGAUUUCUCCCCGGAAGAUGCCGCACCCGGACAAACGGGUCUACUUUCUCCCGAUUCUACGAAGAAGAAGAUACUGCUAAUCGAUGCCUAUCCCAUGUUGUACCGGGCCUACUAUAGUAUUCCGGCGCUGGGCCAAAAGCCACUGAACGCCGUGUACGGAUUUUUGGUGUCGUUCCUAAAAAUCGUACGAGAAACUGAGUUUCAGUCCAUGGCCGUUUGUCUCGAAGGUGGAAACAACUUCCGCAAGAAACUGGACUCGAACUACAAGUCAAAACGCGCUCAAACCCCAGACGCGCUUUUUCAUCAGUUGCCUAUUCUCGAAGAGGCGUUGGCCGCAUUCGGCGUGCCGUUUUACAAGGCCGACACCUUCGAAGCAGACGAUUUGAUCGUGACCUUUGCAAGGAUGUUCGAACAGCGGGGAUACCAGGUGUUGAUCAUUUCCCCGGACAAGGACCUGUUGCAGGCGGUGACGCCUAACGUCUUCGUCAAAACCCUGUCGAACCGAGAGCAGACGAUCGACGUAAAGAAAGUCUUGGAACGGUUUUCGGUGGAGCCGUGGCAAAUUCCACACCUUCAAGCCAUCAUCGGAGACCCUGUCGACUCGAUCCCUAAGGUCUCCGGCAUCUCCGAAUCGGCCGCCGUCAAAUUAAUACAGGAGUUCGGAACCAUAAACAGGCUCUUCGACAACAUCGACCAAGUCAGCUCUGUCGCUGUCAGAGACAACCUGAGAUUAAACGUGACGUGCAUCAAGCGCUCACUCGCCUUGUCCACGCUCAGGAGCGACGUGCCGGACUUGCUGCACGUCUCCACGGAUUCUCUAAAGUUCGAGAAAGUAGCAUUUGGAUCCGCGCUGUCGUUUUGCACCAAGUACGGCUUGAGGUCGAUCGUUCGAAUUUUGGAGAGGAUGAGAGGCGGGUCGAAGGAGUUGGCCGGAUCGGAGAAGAGGGUCAAAGGCGCGAGGCGCGAGUCGGCGAAGAGGCUCGAGUUCGCGGUGCCGAGUGCGGGUGAGGGGGGGACCCCGUUGACGAGUGGACGCUCGCGGUUGUUGAAGACCAUCGCCAGGAGGUCGAGCAGCGAGUCAGCGUCGGUCGAGGAUGCCCAGCGCACCGCGACGGAAUGUGGUCAAGAAGGGCCCGCCGAGGGGGCCAAGUUGAAUGCGGACAAAGCGGUGCGCGGCGGGGCCGCGGGCCCGUUUUCGGUGAGGUCGGUGGAGGUGGAUAUCGAUACGGAUCCCUUGGUCGCCGAGCUGACCAAGUCGUAUUGCGAGGCGAAGGUGCCGCUUGAGGAGGGAGAAACGGAGAAGGUGUUCGAAGAGGCAGGAGUCGCUACAAGCGCCGGCGAGAAGGAAGAAGAGCGCUCGGGGGGCGUCAAAGAGGCCAACAACGGCUGCAACAAGAGGGCCAGUAGGAGAAAGAGCAAGGCGGCCGAGCCAAAGGCCGAAGACUCGACAAAAAGCCAAGCGGGAACUUCGAGUCCUUCUUGCGAAAGGAAACCGGCCGAACGCAGCGGCUUCAGACCAGAAAGGCGGAGGGAGGACGUGGAGGAAGAAGACGAAGAGAGUAAUUUGGAGCUGGUCGACUUCAUCAAGAAUCGGAAGGCGAUAGAAAUCGACCCCGAGUUCGUAAACUUGUUUCGUCUGUGUCGGACAUCGGCAGAUCGUCGCAGAGUGCUGGAGAAGAAGAUCCAGGGCGUGACGGUAGUGAACGACGCGGAGUCGAGCAGGGCGGUCUUGUCUAAGCUGUACGAGCUAAAGGAUCGAUACCACGCGUGCGACACGGAGACGAUUGACUUGGAUUUGAAGAAGCAAAGUCCGGUGGGCCACGGAAGAGUCAUUUGCGUGUCGAUUUAUUGUGGCCCGGACGUGGAUUUCGGGAACGGUCCGAGAAUAUGGCUGGACAAUUUGUAUGAUUCGACCACGUUGGAAAGUUUCAAGGAAUAUUUCGAAUCACCGUCGAUUCGAAAGAUAUGGCACAACUACGGCUUCGACAGGCACGUGCUGAUGAACCACGGGAUAGACUGCCAGGGGUUCUACGGAGACACGAUGCACAUGGCCCGGCUGUGGGACGCAAGUCGAAGGGGUGCGAAGGCAUACUCCCUGGAGGUCCUGUCGCAGCACCUGUUGGUGGGGGAGAAUGAAGCGCAAUCAAAGAUCAGUAUGAAGCAACGCUUCGGGCGCGUGAAGCUAAAGAAAGACGGCACGCCGUCCAAGUCGGCGAUUGUCUUGCCGGCGCUGGACGAGCUCCAGAAUGACGCGGAGUGGCUGCCGGAAUGGAUCGACUACUCCACGCUGGACGCGGAGGACACCUGGAGGCUGAGGGAGGUUUUGCAGUCCAAGCUGAUGGAGAUGGCAUGGACGAGCGAGGACACCAUGUGGGAGUUUUAUCAGACGAUCUGGCUGCCAUUCGGAGAACUGUUGACGAGCAUGGAAAGGAGAGGUAUCAAGGUCGACUCAGAAUAUUUGAGAGAACUGAUUCCUAGAGCCCAGGAGGAGAAACAGGCCUGCACGAAGAAGUUCGUCGAAUGGUGCAUGACAGUAGGCGGGGAAGAAUGUCGCUGGAUGAAUCCUGGAAGUGACGCCCAAAAGCAACAACUGCUGUUUGCGCCCUGCGUGAAUCGUUUGGAUCCGAACAAGACAAUGCCCGAGGAGAGAGUGUUCGAGACAGAAAACGUAGACGGCUACGUAGAGGAUGGUAAGAAAAAGCCAAAGAAGAAGAGAAGCUUUACGAUUCGCGGAUUGGGUCUUCCAUAUGUCGAGACGACCGAAUCCGGGUGGCCUGCUGUAUCUUACCCCGUACUUAACCGACUAUCCGGGGAGCCACCCGCGACAUACGGACCCCUUCGCCAAAUGAUGAGAGACAAGCAACUAGAUGGAGAGGCCGCGUGCGAGGCGCUGGCCGCAGCCGUGGAAGCUUCAAAGAUAGACACGUUGAUUUCCACGUUCAUGGUCCCGCUAGGAACAUUCGCGGACGCGCAUGGCCGCGUUCACGGCUCCCUGAACAUCAACACUGAAACGGGUCGUCUUUCGAGUCGAAGACCGAACCUGCAAAACCAGCCGGCGCAUGACAAAGACCGAUUCAAGAUCAGAAAGGCCUUCACUUGUGAAGAAGGAAACAUGCUUAUCGUUGCAGACUAUGGCCAACUGGAGCUGCGACUUUUGGCGCAUAUGGCCAACUGCUCCGCGAUGAUAUCGGCCUUCAAGCAAGGAGGCGACUUCCACUCACGCACCGCCUUCGGAAUGUACCCGCACAUUCGGAAAGCAGUGGAACGUGGCGAGGUGCUGUUAGAGUGGGACAUGAAGGAUGGAAAGCCGCCACUGCCCUUGAUAAAAGAUGCGUACGCAGUAGAGCGACGUCGAGCCAAAACGCUCAAUUUCAGCAUUGCCUACGGAAAAACAGUCCAAGGAUUGGCCAAAGACUGGGACGUUCCCCUUUUCGAAGCCAGAGAAACGCUAGAACGCUGGUAUUCUGACCGUCCAGAAGUUUUGGAAUGGCAACAAAAAACCAUUGCGGAAGCUCACAAGACAGGUUGGACUCGUACGCUAUUGGGUCGGUACCGUUUCUUGCCUGACAUCAACAGUCGGAUCAGAACCAAGCGAAUGCACUCCGAACGCGCAGCGAUUAAUACGCCUCUGCAAGGCGGUGCUGCUGACAUUACCACCAGGGCCAUGGUUUCCCUGGAGAAGAACCAGCGACUCAGGGAAUUAAAAUGGGUACAACUUUUGCAAAUUCACGAUGAACUGAUCUUCGAGGGCCCGGAAUUCACUGCCGAAGAAGCAUUACAAAUUAUAGUAGACAUUAUGGGACAUCCUCUUCCAAUGGAGUUGCUGGUAGAUUUGGCCGUAGACGCCAAAAUAGCUAAGACUUGGUUCGAUGCCAAAUAGAGCCCUCUGUACCUGCGCGUUUAAAUGUAAAAAGACUCUUGGAGUUUAUGCGCUCUCCAGAAUGCGCACGCUUUGUCGGAUAAGAGAAACGCAGCAUUUGAUUCUUACCGCAGAAUGACAGGUCGAAGCGUGUUUUUUUUUUCUAGCUUUGUCUAUAACGCACCUCAGACCGCCAGGUCUCAUUUGGCCACCUUUAUCAAGGAACUCAUCAUUCCGGGUAAUGCCAAAAAUAUCCCUAUUCACCGCGUCUGUGCUCUGCCGCAUACCCCCUAUGCACAUAGCAAUUUGAAAUGAAUUCAGCCACCUCAGUUGCGCCCGGAUCUUGUCUAGAGAAGCGCGGCGUGCUCUGAAUCAGCUCACUUUGUCCAUUUCAAUCACUGCGCUUAGCCACUCUUCCUGCAACCUCGGAAGGACGUAUUGUGCUCUCAGCCGUUAUUCCAUCCAAUAAACAACACAAAAUACAGAA